AUGGCCAAAAACUCAAAGUCAGAAGCCCGCAAGAGCUCCCUGGGCUCGGCUGUAUCUACUGACACCUUGUUUGACUUGGACACGGUGCCGCAGCCCCAAUAUGGAAAGGGCCAGUACCGUGAGUACUUGUUGACCGAAACCCCAGAGUACAUCACCAACUCUCGCAGAGUGCUGGGCAAGGAAUACGCGUUGCUUGCCGUCUUGUUUGGUGCUGGCUUGUACGUGCGUUUGCAGAACUUGCACCACCCCAACUCGGUGGUUUUCGAUGAGGUCCACUUUGGAGGAUUUGCCAAAAAGUACAUCAAGGGCACAUUUUUCAUGGACGUUCACCCUCCCUUGGCCAAGAUGCUUUAUGCAGCAGUGGGCCUGCUUGCUGGCUUCACAGGGGACUUUGACUUCGCUAAGAUUGGCGAUAUUUUCCCCCAGUCUGUCCCAUAUGUGGUCAUGAGAGCUUUCCCUGCUGUGUUGGGGUUGGCCACUGUUUUCCUUUGCUACUUAACGUUGCGUUCCUCUGGCGUGCGUCCAAUUGUCGCUUUUGUCACUGCUGGUUCUCUUUUGGUGGAGAAUUCGUACGUCACAAUCUCCAGAUACAUUUUGCUUGACGCGCCACUUUUGUUCUUCAUUGCUGCCGCCAUAUAUGCGUUUAAGAAGUUCGAAGUGCAGAAACCCUUCUCGUUGAACUUCUUCCGUUCCCUUUUGCUGUGUUCCCUUGCCUUGGGCAUGGCCUUCAGCUCGAAGUGGGUCGGUUUGUUCACCAUCGCAUGGGUCGGCGUGUGCUGUGUCAUUCACAUGUGGUUCCUCAUUGGUGACUUGUCUGUGUCUCCCAAGGCCAUUUGGAAGCACGCAUUUGCUCGCGCAUCGUUCCUUUUGGGCGUACCAAUUAUCUUAUACUUAUUCAUUUUCAGCAUCCACUUCAAUGUGUUGCCAAAUGAUGGUGACGGCUCUGCCUUCAUGACCUCCCACUUCCGUGCGGGAUUAGCUGGAUCUCUUGUUCCUAGACAGACUACUGCUCAGGUAGGCUACGGUUCUCUUGUCACAAUUCGUCAUGUCAACACCAGAGGCGGUUACUUGCAUUCUCACAACCACAUGUACCCAACUGGAUCCAAGCAGCAGCAAAUUACCUUAUACCCACACUUGGACACCAACAACGAAUGGAUGAUUGAGCCUUACAACAGAUCUAUCCCUGACGAAUUUGAGCAGAUCAAGGACGGUGACAAGGUCAGACUUGUCCACGUGAACACCAAGAGAAGAUUGCAUUCUCACGACGAGAAGCCUCCUGUGAGUGAGCGUGACUGGCAGAAGGAAGCCUCCUGUUACGGUUAUGAUGGCUUUGGCGGUGACGCCAACGAUGACUGGAUCUUUGAGAUUGUCAAGCACAAGACCAAAGGAAGAGCCCAGGAAGAAGUGAGAGCCAUUGAGACUAUCUUCAGAUUGAGACAUGCCAUGACUGGCCACUACUUGUUCUCGAGUGAGGUGAAGUUGCCAAGCUGGGGUUUCGAGCAGCAGGAAGUCACUGCCGCCUCUCAAGGAAAGAGGCCUUUGACUCAUUGGUACAUUGAGACGAACAAUGCUGACCAAAGAUUGCCAGCUGAGAAAAGAGAGAUUGUGAGAUACGAGAAGUUGAGCUUCUGGCAGAAAUUCGUUGAGUCUCACAAGACCAUGUGGAAGAUCAAUCAAGGUUUGACCUCCCACCACAACUGGCAAUCUAAUCCUCAUGAUUGGCCCUUGUUGGUUCGCGGUAUCAACUAUUGGGGCAAGGACCACACCCAGGUUUACUUCCUUGGUAACCCAUUUGUGUGGUGGACGGUCUCUGCAACGUUGGUUGCUUUCUUAAUCCACAUGGGCAUCUCCGUUUUGAAGUGGCAGACAGGCCUGAAGAUUGCAACUUCCAAGCAUGUCUUCAACUUCAAUCUUCAGAUGUUCACAUACUUUAUCGGAUGGCUCAUCCACUACUUCCCAUUCUUCAUCAUGGGAAGACAGCUUUUCUUGCACCACUACUUGCCAUCUCAAUACUUUGCAAUCUUGGGUCUUGGCCACUUGUUUGAGUUGUUUGUUGCCAAUUCUUAUGUGGGCAGAAAAGGUGCUCAUGCGUUGGUGGUAUAUUUGGCUGUUGCUGCUACAGUGUACUUCUACUUCUCUCCUAUCAUUUACGGAUAUCCAUGGACAAAGAACCAAUGCAAAUCCACCAAAUGGGUGUCCUCUUGGGAUUAUGACUGCAACACAUUCCUCGAUAAUAUUCUGGAGUACCGUUCAUUGAAGCUGUCUAUUGCUGAGAGCACCAUCUCUAACCCCCUGACGGUGGUUGUCAAUGAAGCCAAAGAAACUCCUCGUGCUGUAAAGCAAGAGAUCAAGCAAGAAAAGCACGGUUUGCUGGAAAGUGAAUACUUUGAACCACCACCGGCUGCCGAGACCCACAAGGGCCCCUUGCCAGACUUUUUGAGAGAUGAGGAGGAGGCACCUGUUGGCGAGUUGGUUGACGAGGCCACUGAGAACAAGGACAAGCCUCAUGCCGUUCCCGAGAAGGUUGCACCUUCUGAGGGAGAGGAGCAAGGCAUUGUUGCUGACGAGGUUGUCGUGGAGGGAGUUGUUCACGAAGAGGCUGAGAUGCAGUAG